GACAGUAGCGGCGCGCGCGCGCAGAGGGCGCCCGCAAUCACAUGUUCCGCCCCGACUUCCGUUGGCCGUUCGCCGUCCGCGAGAAAACGGGGAGCGGCCGUUUAUGGUUCAAGCCCCGCUCCCCUCACCCGGCAGUGCCUACUGCGGCAGUGGCGCUUUCACGUCGCCUACUUCCCCCCUCCCGACCCGCUCCCUUUUCAACCGCCGCUGGUCGGGUAGGGGAUCCAAGAUGGCGGACCGGCGGGCGCCGGGCCGAGGCUGCGCGGUGACGUUAGCGCGCCAGCUCCGCCCGAACCCGGAAGUGCGUCUCCCGCUGUGGGCUGAGCGGCGGCGGGGCGGCUCUGCGGAUAGCGGGUCUCCCCGUCCCUCAGCCGCGCCUGCGGUGAGCGGCCAUGGCGGCGGCUGCCGAGCUGCAAGGGAAGUACCAGAAGCUGGCUCAGGAGUAUUCCAAGGUAUUGGGCCGCGCCGCCGCCCCUCGACGCGGAGGCCUCCUCGCGGGGCUACCUCGUAGCGACGCCCCCGCCCCAGGUCCCUUCAUACUGAGGGGACCCUCGCAAGGGUACGGGAGCCCCGCAGGGUCAGUUUUCGCGGACCCCGCUCGCCUCCGCCCUGGCUCCGCCGCUUCCUCCUCCCUGCCUCAGUCCUGUUGCAGCCGGGCAGAGACGGGCGCGGAAUGACAGGUCUCUCCUCCCGUGGGAGGGCAAGCAGAGAUGUUUAUUUGGGCGUGAAGGACCAAGGCUCAGUUGCAGCGCACAUGCUUGGCGUGCAGAAGGCUUCCGUCCUUCGCAGUUCCAGGUGGUUGUUUUAAUUAACGGAAGCUGCUCGUAUUUGAGAGCCCCCGCACAUUGUAGCAGACGGUACUGGGCUAGAUGGGCAAAUAGUAUGGCAGGUUGCUAUUAUUAUUAUUGAAUUUAUAUACCGCCCUCUACCCAGAGUUCUCAGGGCAGUUCACAGAGCAAAAUCAAAAUAUAGUAUAAAACCACAAAAUAUAAAAUCAAAAUAAAAGCAACCCAGUAACCGCCUCCAACCCCCCCCCCAUUUUAAAAGGGCAUAAGAGGUUCCUGAGUGUGUACAGUGGAUGCUCGGUUUGCGAACGUGAUCCGUGCGGGAGGCACAUUUGUAACCCACAGCACCGUGUCUGUGCAUGGCGAGUUGCAAUUUGGCGCUUCUGCGCAUGCGUGGCUGUCAAAACCCGGAAGUAACCUGUUCUGGUAGUUCUGGGUUUCAGCACAUCCAUAACCCGAAAAAAUGCAACCUGAAGGUCUGUAACCGGAGGUAUGACUGUACCUGCAAAUCGGCAUGGUGCGGGGAGCCAGGGGUCAGCAGUUAAAGGUUCCUGGAUCAAAUCCAGCCUGUUGGUACUUGCCCAUCCCAAUGUCUAACCCAGGGCAGAAGGGAGGGUGUAGGGGGGAUGGCAGAUACACAUACCUCCCCCCCUUUUUUCAGAGAUGAGGAUAUGGCUGUCAAUAGCCACUAGCCAGAAAAGCUUACAUUUUGUCUUCACUGUUGGAGGCGAGUAUGUUUCUCAAAAGCAGGUGCUGAAAAUCGCAACUGACCAGAGCACUGUUGCACUCAGGUCCUGCCUGUGGAUUUUCCAUAAGCUUCUGGUAGGCCACUGUGAGAAUAGGAUGCUGAAUUAGAUGGGCUCCUAAGAUCUUUGCAUUCCUUGCAGGGGGACAGCUGGAUGCUGAAUAAAGAGUAUACUUUCUGCACAGCUGCUUUCUUGCAUUCGCUGUGAUGGUGGCUGUUGUUUUCUGUUUCGUGUACUUAGGGAAUAUUAAUGCAGGAGCUGUCCAUACCAGCCCUUAGUGCUGAUACAGUGCUGGGGCUGUUGCCUUUUACAAAGCAGUUGCUUGUCCUGCAAAAAAACAACAAAGUGAUUACUGUAUCCUUAGGCACUUUCAUAUGCAUGGGUGUGCUCAGCUAGCCCUUGUAUAUUAAAAAUAUCAAUAAAAAGCAUUUUAAAAGCUUAGUAGCAUCUUAAAAUCUAACUAGCUUUUAUGAUGUAAAUUUUCAUUGACUGAAGUGUUAAAAAGUCUUAUUUGUGAUACUAACACUUCUUACAGGGUUGAUGCUGAAGCUCUUCGAUGUGACAAUCUCCCUCUUAUAAUAUGACCAAUGACUUCUAAUUCUGACACUAACAUUUGUGUGUUAAUUCCACAGCAGCAAGUCUACACUAUCGGUACACUACAUGCUUUCAUAGUUCAGUUUCUCAGGAGAUGGACACAUACACAUAUGAAUAUUUGUUUUGAGAUACUUCCUGCUACCAGUCUCUCUUGGUAGUGAUACAGAUUCUCUGUCAUGAGGAAGUAUAUAUACUUCCUUAGUGCUGGUUUUGAAGUGCCAUCUGUUUUUCCUGUCUUUUCAACAUCUUCUGCUAUUAAUAUUGAGACAGAGUGUCCCCUGCACACAGGGCUAACUUGAAGUUGCUUCUUUGCACCUUAAGAAUAACAGUCUCUUAUUAGUAUAGUGAUGCCCUCCUUGGUAGUGAGAGUUACCAGCUAUAGAUUACGUGGAUCUCUUGAUUCUCCUGUCCAGAUACAACUUUUUCUUUUUUCUUUUUAACAUUGCUGCUGAUUUAUUGCUAUCCUUCAUAUUUUUUGUCUUUAGUGUUGGUGAGAUGUUCAGUCAGACUUCCCUUUUUCUCCCUACUUCCCUAGCACAUCUGAUUCAUUCCUUAAGGCAGAGCUCUCCAAACUUUUCAUGUUGGUGACACUUUUUAGACAUGCAUCAUUUCGCGAUGCAGUAAUUCAGUUUUGCUAGCAAACCGGAGGUUAAACUAACCCCUUCUUUCCAACCCCAGGAGGAGCGCAAGGAAUGUUCACAUUACACACCUACAUAUCGACACAGUUUGGAAAGCGCUGCCUUAAGGCUUCCAUCUACAACAGCUGAGAGGAAGAGAUAAUGGCAGUGAUUCUAACAGUGCCUAAUGAAAAAAGAGCUCAGGUUUGCCUGAAUCAAGACCCCCUAUCCUGAGUACUAUACCUAACUACUAGGUACAUGAGACUACUAUGGCCAUUCAGUGAUAGAUAACGUGGGUUAGAAGAGUUUGCUUUCACCCCCAAAGGCAUGGUCUCCCAAGAUGGAUGCCAACAGAAGAGAUGAACCUGUUUGGAGCAAAACAUACGCUGGUAAUCCUAUAGAUCAGGUUCGUUCAACUUCCAAGAGUCUGCAAUCUACUCCCAGUAUAAAAAAAAACUGGCUGUGAUCUACCCAUUGUCAUAGUCAGGAAUAAUUGUUGAGCUUUUUUAAGGUGAGGACUGACCUUGUUGAGCUUUUUUUGGGGAUCAAUAAGGACUGCACGGGCGCAGUUGACCAGGGACAUGCACGCGAUCGACAGUAGAUCGUGAUCGACCUGUUGGACAUGCCUGCUAUACAUAAAGAAGCACCACUAUGUGUUGUAGUGUGGAAAUAAGAAACAAAACAGUUAAUGGCUUAAAAAUGUGUAUUUUGCAUGCCACGUCAAUUGGGAAAGUAAUUUGUCGUUUAAAUGCCUUGUUCACCAGUGUCAUUAAUAUUUUAUCAAAAUAAGCACUAAAAUUCAUUUUCCUAGUCGUGUAAAUAUGCACACAAAGGAACACUGGCUAUCAAAUGCACUCCCAUUCUGAAAAGCUUGAAGUGGGAUUUGGACUCUUUCAGCCACCAUCCCCCAAAGAGAAAAUGUUUGAUUUUUUUGAAGAGCAAGGACAGCCUGUUUUAAUGUUUGGUAUGAUUUUUAAAACUGUAAUUUAAAUGAAACAUUGCAAGUGUCAUGUACUGCUGCUGUUGAAUGUUUCCUACAUCAGCUUUGUUAACGAGUAACUCCUGAAUGUCUGCUGAGGAACGCUGUGUGUUGAUGGGGAUUCUAGGGACAUUUUCUAGUUUUCGGGUCAGCGCCUUGCGUGUCAAUGCUCAUGCCUGCUGCAUUUUGUGAUAGUUGCAUGUGAACUUAGAACACAGCCCACACAACAUUCCCCUGCACCUUCAUAUUGAAGAGAAAGACCAGUUGCAGCAGGCAAUAUAUUUUUCAGGGAGCCAUACUUAUUACUAUCCAUCUAAUUGGGGAUUUGGAACCAUUGAUAGGCAACUGAAGUGGCCGAUUCCAAGUCAGAUCACCAGUUGGUCCAGCUCAGUUUUGUCUACCCUCACUGCUAAAGGCUCUUCACGGUUUCAGGCAGAGAAACUUGCCCAGCCCCACCUGGGGAUGUCAGGGGUUGAACUUAGGACCUUCUGCAGCAGAGCAUGUGUUCUGCUACUGAGAUGGAGACCUUCCCUGGUAAAUAGUUUGCAGAUCAUUCUGUGGUCACUUCUGAGUCCAAUAGACCCGCAAAGCUCCUGAUUCUUCUACUUCAAAAAUCACUGGGCUACUGAAACACACUGAACCAAUGCCAUCAAAUUCUCCAUGGAGCCAAUAUCUCCAGACCUUUUGUAGCUAAACGUACUUUAGCAACCACAAUCAGAUUUGCACUGGAAGUUCUCUGUUUUUAGCUUGGCAAUGCCCUUCGCAUCUUGAAAAAAUUAGGUGGCUUAACUGACUUGCUCAAGUCUAAAAUUUAAUUUAGAUUCUAUAUUAUGAGCUUACAAAUAACGUUUAUGCUUUUUCUGUGGUCCUCUGAGUGUGCUGCUUAUUUUCCUAGAGAAAGGCAAGAUUUUGCAGGUGGCUAAUGAUCAGCUCGAUGCAACCUCAUUGCUUCAUCACUGAGUUAAUGAUUUCUCAUUGUCUCUCUUUUGCAGCUUCGAGCUCAGAACCAUGUACUGAAAAAGGGUGUGGUGGAUGAGCAAGCAAAUUCAGCAUCACUGAAGGUAUGCUUUUCAAACAAUGAAGUGAAAAUGAGCUUGAUUCUGACAUUUACUGCUUGCUUACAUGACACAGUUCUGUGCAGAUCUGCCUUGUUUGUACAGGGUUGGCACUAGCUCCAUGUCAUGCAUACAUUCAAGGGCCAGGCUGUUUUUUUGUUGACAUAUAAGGUGUUAAACAUCUUUUGGAUUUUUGAAGAACACACACCACAGCACGUAUUGAUAGAAUCUUACAGAGAUCUGUUGCUGCUGCUUCUGCAGAAGAAGCCUCUCUGCCGGCAAGUGAGGGUGAGGCCAAUGAAAGCCAGCCUUCUGUUUUCCACCACUACUGCUACUGGAGAGAGGACCACUAGCUGUCAGCUGCAGAGGGAGGGGCAGAAUCCCACAUCUGCUUUCCAGGACUGUUACCAACAUAACUCUUAACUGACAGCACCCAAGGGACUUGCCAAAUUCUGUUCUCCAAGAUUGCUUCAAGAAUCAUCAUAUGAUUUCUUUUGUCUGGGUGGUACUCACUGAAGUAGUUCCAUUAGUGCAAGGACUUUUGGCUGUGCAACAGAAAUUCCUGCCUCUCCUCUUUCUCUAUCUGUGCCCUAAAUCUGUUCUGGGGGUCUCCCCAAACCUGCAGAACAGAUUUGGGGAGAUCGUGCCAGGAGUGGAAGUUGUGCAAAUGGAAGCCCUUGCACUAAUGGAAUUGCUUUGUUGGAGAUCGCUCUUUGUUAUGAUUUUCUACCAAAUUACUGUAACUGGCUUGUGCAAUGGUAAUGUUUUCAGCUUCCUUGAAAGUGCCGUUGGAAAGGCCGGUAUCAAUCCAAUAAGUAUAUGAAUAAGGAACGAAAUGAAUUCAAUCCUCGUAGUUCCUCAUUUCUUCCUUUCUCUUGCUGCUAUAAGGGUGGAUAAAUAAUUCGCCACCUGGUUUUCAUAAAGUGGUUUAUGUUCCUCCCUCCCUCUCUGAAGCUGUGCAAGAAAGCUGCACAGAGGGGCUGGAAAAAAAAAAAGACAUUUGCCUAACUCUCCUGCAGUACUGCCAGCCUGGUUGAAUGUGUAUAUUGUGAUACAGCCAGAAUCAACAUGCUUAUCCAAAAGAUUGCUUUUAUUUUGAAUAGCAGAUUAACAGGGUUGGGAAAAUCUCAGGAGGAAGAAUAGCAAUUUAGAAACAUAGAAAGCUGCUUUAUACUUCAUCAGGCCCAUUAGUCCAUCUAGCUCAAUAUUGUCUACACUGACUGGCAGUGGCUCUCCAGAGUUUCAGAUGGGAGCUUUCCCCAACUUUACAUGAGGACACCAAGAAUUUGAACCUUGGACCUUCUGCAUGCAAGGCAGAUCCUCUACCUCUGAGUUACUUAAAAUAGCAAUAGCAAAAUACCUAAGGUUGCUUAAAAUAGAUGCUACUAGUUAAGAAUUCAAAUUCCUUUAUUUCUCUUUUAAACUAGUCUUAUGCUGGGUUUUCAUUUCAGAAUUUCAGUCUUUUAUUCCAGUAUUGCUAUGGAAGAUAGCAUCUGCUAUGCCUCUCCCAACCCAUAACGCAGUGUGUAAUCUCUUCCCUGUAUACGGUCUGCAGAUUUAUAUGGAAAGAGUAAAUAAGAAUUUGCUUUUACUAUUGUUGGUGCAGUAGGGUAGUUAAAGUGCAGAAAGGAAUUGAUUAGCGUUUAAAGAUCUCAUAGAUCCCCUUCUAUCUUUUCCUGGUGGGUGGAGAAAGUGCACUGUGGGUUGGAUGCCCUGUAAAGACAGGGGAUGGGAAGUGUUCUUUCUUUAAAAAAUUAGGACAGCUUCCUGCUUUGUAAAAAAGAAAAUCUUGUCGGAAUCUAUUGUGAUAAAACUGCUUCUCCCAAACGUAGGAACAACUGAAAAUGAAGGACCAGUCGCUCAGAAAGCUGCAGCAGGAAAUGGACAGUCUGACCUUUCGAAACCAACAGCUGGCAAAGAGGGUAGAGCUGCUUCAGGAUGAACUUGUCCUAAGUGAAUCUAAAGGCAAGAAGAACAAGGUGGGUACCUACCUGAAUCAACCUGUGCAAGUAUUUUUGUGAAGCAGCAUUUCCCCAGCCUUCUGUUGGUUGAGGUAUAACCCGCUGAAGUAUCAGGCUUUGCUCUUGGAUCCGAAAAUAAGUUUCUUCAUGAGCUGUUGUUUGGGUCAGGGAGCACGGCUGGCUCUGUGACGUGGCAGAAUUACCCACUCCAGCAGUUGGAGGGCUAGUUUGAAGGAGGGCAAGGCAGAGGAAUGACUCAUGCAGAGGGGCAGUGGGGAACCUCUUCUAUGAAUGUGUUCUGUUGACUCAUAUAAGUCUGUAUUUAUUGAGGCUAGAGAAAGCACCAUUGCACAUACUGUAAAUAUGGGUAGGAUUGCUUUGUGAAUAUAUCCGUUUCUUUUGGUGCACCAGGCUGAAGUGGCUGGUCCAAGGUCACCUAGGAAGUGUUUCUUGAAAGCAGGCUUUCCCAGGCAAAGAGUUGACAAGUAAUCAGGUGGCAACAGCUGAUCUUGCUCCUCACUACCAUCACCCUUUUCUCCCUUAUCUUCUUGAGGCCAGAAGGAGAAGGAGGAUAAGCAAGUGAGCUGCCAUGGUCAGAUUCAAGGGAUUCUGAACAUUGGGCUCCCUGAUGAAAUUUAGGCCUCAGCAGGUGCCUCUGGUGUCUUCCCUGUUUGGCAUUCCCGGUUACUGCUUGGUCUUCUCUGCUCUUCCUAUUAGAUACUGAUAAUGCAAUCUUAAUGCAUAUUUACUCUGAAGGUAGCCCCACUGUGCUUUUUGGGUAUUGCUCCAAGGUAAUUGUGCAUUGGGUUGCUGUCUAAGAGGUUUCUUUCCAGCUGUAUUAUCUGAUUCCACCCCCCCUUCUCUCUCUGUCACUAUUUUAGUAUUUGAUGUGUCCUAAAAUUGACUUUGUCCAUGGAGUUUUCUUGGCAGUGAUACUGGAGUGGCUUGCCAGUUCCUGCUCCCGGUGGAUCACGUUUAGUCAAAACUCUCCACUAUGACCUGUCCAUUUUGGGUGGCCCUGCACAGCAUAACUCAUAGCUUCUCUGAGUUAUUCAAGCCCCUUCGCCACGGCAAGGCAGUGAUCCAUGAAGGAGUGUCUUGUGGAAGACAGGCGUGCCUGGCAUGUUCUAGUCCAUGGGGUCACAAAGAGUCGGACACGACUAAAUGACUAAACAACAACAACAAAAAUGGACUGGUUAUUUAUUACAAUUAUACCAUGCCCUUCCUCUGAGGAACCCUGAGUACCAUAUUAUGCUUGAUUCCCAGGCACUUAUCUGGGCAGUACCCAGGACUGGACCCCCUUAGCUUGAGCAACUAAACUGCGUAAUGUGCCUUCUUGCCAUUUGAUGCAAUCUCUGAAAGCAGAUGUUGCCAGAUUAGUUGAAGCCAGUUCGUUGCUCGUUUCCUGCUUCUCAUUAAAUCGUUAUGACUAGCACAUUUUAUAGGACCCGUGGUGCAGGAUCUUCAAUAAAAGCAAGAGGAGGAAGCAAGCCAAGCAUUGCCUGCAUUCUCUCCGUUAUACAAUUGAGGAAGUUGCGCAAAAUUACGGCCUUCUGGGCAGACAGCAAAAUAGAUAAAGGGAAAUUUAGGAGAGUGGGGUGCCCUCAGAGGUUGAUGUGCUGCCAUAGAGAACUUGAACUGGGAGCUCUGGGUUCAGGAGUCCAUGUUGCUCGCUGCUUCCAUGAAACUGUGGCCCUCCAGAUGUUGCUCAACUACAACUCCCAACUUUGGCCAUGCUUGCUGGGGCUGCUGGGAACUGUUGUCCAGCAACAUCUGGAGGGCCAAAAGUUCUCCAUACCUAGCCUAACCUAUUCAGGGAAGAGCUAAUGUCAAUCCCUAAGGAGCUGAGCUACAGAUCAGGAACUCCCAAGUUGAAAACUCACUCUCUAGUCCAUUCUAUAGUAACUCUAAAGAAAUCCCAUGUAUGAAAACCGUAAGCAGUUCCAAUAUUUUGCUGUACUAACUAUCCACAGGAGCUAUGAUUAUAGAGUAGUCUUUAAGUACAUUCAGUAAGCAGGAAUGCUUUUGCUUUCUCUUAGAAGACCGGUGAACCCGCAUCCCAGUUAAGCCAAGAACAGAAAAACGUAUUUGAUGAAGACCUUCAGAAGAAAAUAGAAGAGAACGAGCGGCUGCAUAUUCAGGUGUGUAAUUUGGUAGUACACAAUAUAUUCUAUGCCUAUUUAAAUUCCAUGGCAACUUGUACAGGAGGGGGUGCCAUUGUGAUGCCCAUGUGCCCACAGAGGCCUUCUCUGGCACUCACAGGAGUCCCUCCCCUGCCCCCUCCCUAAAAUUAGGCAUGAAAGAAACAUCUUGUAGCAAAUAAAAAAGGUUGCAUGGACUUGGUUAUGGUGUUUGUGUAUGUGUGUGUGUUGCCCACAACAGUUUAUCCAGUUUGGAAAAGGUGUCCACCAAAAAAGGUUAGCAGCCCUGGUGGGUAAGACUUUUAGAACAAAUCAUUAAAGGCUGUCUUUUAGGCAAGAUUGGCCAAUUUGUUCAGUGACUCUGCUGUGUUUUGAAAUACUUCGGUUUGUGCCCAUGAACUCUGGUAGUCCACAAGGAGCAGUGCUCUCUAGAAAUGUAUAACUUCUAAGAAACAUUAAACAACAGAAUGACCCAUCUGCCUUGUGCCAGUUCUGCAUUUUGGAACUUUGUUUCUCACAGUGACCUGACUUGUCUGUUUCAAGAUGCCCGGCUUUCUUUGAAUCCAAAAAAAUGCCAGAUUUGUACUAAGUGAAUGCAAGACACUUGGUACAUCAUAGAAUCAGAACAAAUCCAGUAUUCUCUAAUGUAAAGGUAAAGGGACCCCUGAACAUUAGGUCCAGUCGUGACCGACUCUGGGGUUGUGGCGCUCGUCUCUCUUUAUUGGCCGAGGGAGCCGGCGUACAGCUUCCGGGUCAUGUGGCCAGCAUGACUAAGCCGCUUCUGGCGAACCAGAGCGGCACACAGAAACGCCGUUUACCUUCCCGCCGGAGCGGUACCUAUUUAUCUACUUGCACUUUAACGUGCUUUUGAACUGCUAGGUUGGCAGGAGCAGGGACCGAGCAACGGGAGCUCACGCUGUCAUGGGGAUUCAAACCGCCGACCUUCUGAUCAGCAAGUCCUAGGCUCAGUGGUUUAACACACAGCGCCACCCGCGUCCCAUUCUCUAAUGUAGGGGUGAGAAAUCUGAGGCCCAGAGGCUACGUAUGGAUCUCCAAGCCUCUCUGUCUGGCCCCCUGGACUCCCCAGGCCACCCUCCUCCCUGACUCUGCUUUACACCCACCUCCAGCACUUUUGCAUGCUCUUGAACUCUGACAGUGACUCUUGCUUGCCUGGGUGGAGAACAGAGAGAGAGGAGCGUGUGUAGAAACUAGCCUACUGUACCAAGGUGAAAAUUUACAUUCAUUGCUCUGCCCACUUUUGGCUGAGGUCCUGCUCAGAAGAGAAUGUAACUCUCUGGCUGAAAAAAGAUUCCACACUUCUGAUCUAGUCCAAGCCCAUUGUGCUUCCCCUGGGGGGAGACACCUUGCCCCGGUCAUCAACUCACUCUCUCCUCUGGAGUCAUAAAACAUUUCUCUGUUGCUUUGGAGGGUAGGGAAGAGAUGCAGGAAAGACUCUGGGGCUAUUUUGCCGUUUUAUUUCACUAACAACAAUUAUAACACUACUUUAUUGUAUAAACAAAGCAAAAACCUCAGAAUUUUACAAGGAAAUGUUUUGUCCCCGUUUCUCUUUCCCUCUUGCCUUUUCCCAAGUGGUUUCUGGACUCGAAGACCAGAGGGAGCAGAGACAAAAGGUGCACAUAUGGAAUAGUCUCUUCAUCUUUUUGUGUCUUUUUUGAGCAAAAGCAGCUCAAGUGAGGAGAGGGAAGCAGUAGCUGAAUCCUCUGUUCCUCUUUCCCAGGGAAAAGCUUGAGAUGAGUGCCAGAGUCUGCUGUUUGUAGAGACGAAAUGUUGGCUUGAGGGCAGGGAGGCUCACUGGUAAAACUAGUUGCCAACAAGUGGCAUGUAUAACAUGUGGCUUUCACUCCAUUACUGAAGUCGUUUGUCCUAAAUGCAUCUGUUGGUGUCUCUGCUGUUUGGAUAAUGCAUAGAUUGAUCUGUGGCUGGCUGGUCUCCUGUCUUCUAGAAAGCUGCUUGGGCUACAUCAUCUUUCAGUUUUUCUUUGCUGACCAGCCUUUGCUGUACACAUAGCUUAAUGGUAGAGCACCUGCUUUGAAUGCAAAAGGUCCCAGGUUAAAUCCUCGGCGUCUCCAGGUAGGGCUGGGAAAAACUCAUGUCUGAAACCCUGGAGAGCCCCUGCCAGUCACAAAACACAAUUCUAAGCUAGGUGGAUCAAUAGUCUGACUCUGUAAGGCAGCUUCCGUUCCUAUGUAAUCUGCAAUGGCCAUGACCCCUUCACCUGGCAUAGGUCCCUGUCUUCCUGACUAGACACAUUUACUAGCCAUACUAUCUUUCCUUUCUCAUAAAUGUUCUAGUGAUAACCAAAAUACCUCCAAAUGUAAUGCUCAGAAAGCUAUACAUAUUUAAGCUUACUCCAUUCACACACCAGCUUCUUUCAUUCUUUCUCAUUUCCAGACUCUGGUCAAAUUGUUUCUGCAGGUUUUUUUUCCUUAGUUGCUCCUUUUUCAUCUUAAAGCUAAAUUCUCCCCUGCAGAUUAGCACCUGUGGUCUCAGUGGAGCCAGAUAACUCUUCUCUUGCUGCUGUGCAUAAAGUUACUUUUGUGUAAAUGUGCAUUUGCACUUAAAUGCAUUAGGAACUCUUAAAGUAAAAAAAAAAUGGGCAUGGCUGUUGCUCCCUUCAUCUCAGUACCUCAUUGUUUAAAUUUACUGAAUGUCCAUUUUUGAGGGGUAUAUCCCCAUUUUUUCUUUAUAACAACCCUGUGCUGUAAGGCUGUGAGGUAGUGACUGGCCUAGAAAGCUUUAUGGUUGAACCAAAUUUGAAUCUGGCUCUCCCCGUUAUAUGUCCAAUACCAUGUGGACACUCGCUUUACAUUAAACAUUUCUUAAUUUUAAUUUUUUGCUGAAUGUGAUUUGUUUCUCCUCUUUAGCACUGGUUCUAAUAAUUGCUGGUAUUUCGAACUUCUUCAUUAAAAAUAUAAUUUUUAAAAAUCUACUUUACCUGUCUGCAGGAGAGCUAAUUCAGAAGCAGAGCUUCCCCAUGUUUUCAGUGUAUGUGCCUGUCCAGCUUCCAAAGACAGACAAGGCUAGAGAUUUUGGUAGUUGUGGAGGAAGUGCUCAAAUGUUAUACUUGUUGGGGGGUGGGGGGUGGAAUGGUAAAAUAAUAAUAAUGAUAAAGGUUUAAAAAAACAAAAAACCAAGAAGGUGAGAAACCAGAUAUUGAAGUUGUGUGAAUUUUCAGCAUCUGUGUUCGAAGGAUUCAGUAUUGGGUCAUGUCAGCAUUAGAUAAUCUGUGAUUAGGAGCUCCUGUGAUUUUUACAAAAGUGGGUAUAAGCAGCAGGGGUGUCGUGGUAAACGUAUGUUUAUAUAUCUUCAGAGAGAUUAUUAAUGCCUUGAUCCUUAUCUGUUUUCUUUCUCCCCGCCCCCCUGGCCAGGGUCACUUAUAUUAACUUAAUAAAAAACAAAACCACAGGAGAAUCUGAGCACAAAUGCCCUGCAUCACAUCUAGUUUGGCCCUCUCUUGUUUUUUCCUCAGUUCAAGAGCCAAAGUACCAGUAUAGUAGAAGUGUACCACUUUGGCAAAGUAAGAGUUUUCGGCCUACGACGUUCCUGGAAACAAUGGUGCCAGAAAUUACUUACGAGCUGCAGUCCUAGGGGCAUGUGCUUGUUCCAGUGUAGCCUUGGAUCUGAGCUGCCAGCCCUCCCCUGGGUGAUGCUCUGUGACGUCAGACUCUCCCUUCUUGUUUCAGUUCUUUGAAGCCAAUGAGAAACACAAUCUUUUGGAAACUGAGCUGAGGAGCAAGCUGGAGGUCUUGGAGAUGGAGGCAGCGCAGCACCAAGCCGUGGUGGAUGGCCUCACUCGGAAGUACAUGGACACAAUAGAGAAACUGCAAAGCGAUAAAGCCAAGUUAGAAGUAAGUAUCAAAGCUGUGUGUACCCCUGUCCCAGAUCUCAGACCACCAAGGCCUAUCCAUCUCAUGUUGUUGGCCUCUUUGGGACUGGGAAAAUUCUUCCUUUUUCAAUCAAUGUUUUAUUUGCAGGUUGAGUGACUGUUUUAAUUAUACUCGUGUUCUUAAAUUCUUUUACCCGGUGCUGAUGUAACUACUCAUUUUUUGUUUGAUUGUUGUCAUUCAACAGUGAUUUAUGUGCUCUUUGGUGCAGAACUGUGGUUCAUAAAUGCUUAAAGUAAUAAGACAUACUCAAAAUCUCUGUGUGGAGUUGGUUGUGCAAAUAGCUAUUGACAGCUCUGUUCUCCCUACUUACCUUUAGAUCAAAUCUCAAACGCUAGAGAGAGAAGCCAAGGACUGCAGGGUUCGAACAGAAGAAUGGUAAUGCUCUUGACCUCUUUAAAAAAUAAAGACGUGAUCAGGAAUUCCAUUUUAUUGAGGCAUAUAGUGUUGUAAAACAAUUAUUGCUUUGUUGUCAUCUUAGCAUGGGCAUGGGCAUAAGGAGCAACCUUAUACGGAGUCAGACCAGUUCUCGUGUGUUAUUAAUUAAGGUACCCUAUAGGUCCAGGGUAGGGACGCGGGUGGUGCUGUGGUCUAAACCACAGAGCCUAGGGCUUGCCGAUCGGAAGGUUGGCGGUUUGAAUCCCCGCAACGGGGUGAGCUCCCGUUGCUCGGUCCCAGCUCCUGCCAACCUAGCAGUUUGAAAGCAAAUCAAAGUGCAAGUAGAUAAAUAGGUACCGCUCCGGCGGGAAGGUAAAUGGCGUUUCCGUGCACUGCUCUGGUUUCACCAGAAGCAGCUUAGUCAUUCUGGCCACAUGACCCAGAAAAACUGUUUGCGGACAAACGUCGGCUUCCUUGGCCAGUAAAGCGAGAUGAGCGCUGCAACCCCAGAGUCGUUCGUGACUGGACUUAACUGUCAGGGGUCCUUUACCUUUUUUUUAUAGGUCCAGGGUGGGGAAAUCUUUGCCUGCCAGGGGGUCCAGUUUGGCCCAUCAGGAUUUUUCCCAUACUCACCUGCCCAUCAUCAGCUGACAUAACUGGUGAAACGUCAUGGGAAAUGUAUGCAUUUGGUUUUUUCAGCUUCAAGUAAGCACCCCAAAACCCAAUAGUUAAUAUUGUUGCCUUAUUUUUAUCACCCAGCCAGCAGCAGUUAAAGCACCUUCAUGCGGACUUGAGCAGCAGAUUGGGGGAGUCCUUGAACAUCAUCAGUGAAAAAGUUCCUUUCAAUGAUACCAGUAGGUACUGCAUGGAUUACCUUUGUUGUGUGCUAAAAAGAAACUAUAGAAAACUGAAAAGCUGAGAUUUCACCAUCCCAAUCCAUCAAAAAUAAUUGAAUUUAGUUUUGCUCAGUCAGCAAGCAGACUUUGGCUGGCAUUAUGCUUGAUAAGGCACACAGGGCUGCCGCUGAAAAUGGCAGUGCUGUGUUAAAUUUCCAUCUCAGUUUCUGUAGUGUGUAGUACAACUCAACCAAUGCAUGGAUGCAAUUACACAAAUUUUCUGCCUAUGCCAACAAAUAAGGAACAGGAGUAGUGAAACGUACGCAGUAAUUGCACCAAGACAGGUACAGGUACCUGUUAAGUGAUGGGCAGGGCAAGGCGACAGAUAGCUGCCCUGUGCUCCUAGUAACAGAUUGUCUCUCUCAUGCACAGUCUUCUGGGAAUGCCAUAACAUUCUACAUACAAUCACAUGAGGGAUGAUGCAGUGAAAAUUGCUGUUAGGGCAGGGUAGCUGGGGGUAAUCAAACAAUUGCUGGCCACAGAAUGAGCCACUGAAUGGUGCUUGUCUCUCUUCUUUAUUAUUCCUUCAUUAACAUUAAAAGUAAAGGCUUGUUCGUGUCCCCCUCCCAUGCCAAGAGAUGCAGAGCCAGGUAGCACAUCAGAGAAAAGUCCUGAUCCGCUUGUUUAUCCUCUGCGGCUUGCUUGAAUAGCUGAAACCAUCCAUUGCAGGGGCUUUUUGUACUUAAGACUCAUCCACUUUCUACAUACCCUCUAAAGACACAGACCGGCAACCCAUGGUCUUCCCUGUACUUCCCAGCUUUGUGUUAGUCACUGCUUUGUUGUAUUCCUGUUUACGAGAGCAUAUAAAUGAGUGGGAGAGGCUGGAGACAUCCCAGAGAGAGGUAGACUCUCUGCUAUGAAUGUGUAUGAAUGAGAGAGGGGAGAAAAAGGGGUGUUCCUGCCAACAUUGGCUUUUGCAGGCCCCAAUCACUUUUCUCAAGGGAAUGCAGUCUCCGUUCCCAUAAUAGUUGCCUGCCCUUGCCCUUAGGGUCAGGAAUGCUCUUGUAAACUGGCUGUUGUGCUCUAAGUUCAGAUUGUUAAUGGCACCUAGAUAGGUAUUUACUGUAGAUGCUCCUCUUAUCCCGGUAGGCAGUUCCUAAGCUUUGGUGGUUGGUUUUUUUUAAGGCUAGCUGGUUGGCAAUUAAGCAAGUUGUGGGGUUUAGGUUUAAUUGUCUUUUAUUCCCCCAAUUUAGCUUUGACGUGGCUGGGCGUUGUAUAAGUUGUCUUGAAUUUAUUGUUACCACCUGAGCAUCCAGAAACUUAAUUAGCUUACGGUGACAAGGUGUGUGGCAAAUGUUGCAAGUCUGCCAAGCGGAACUACUGAAAUAGAUGCUUGUCUUAUGGAUUAAUGCCUACCAUUAAUUUAGGUGUCUCAUUUGCAUUGCUUACUAAGAAAUCCAUGUGCCUAAUAUAAAUGGCUUUGUGCACUGUAUUUGCUAAAAAAACCUGUAAAUUAGGAAGUUCUCAAUUCAAAUUUCAGUUCUUUGUGGCCUUAAGGUGGCCUUAAACAUCUCUUCCAUUUAUUUAUACGGAUAUUCCUGGCCUACCUGGUAUUUGAGACAGAAAGGUGGGUUAUAGUUUUAACAAUAUCAUGCUACUAUAUUGUUGAAAAAGAACUUUAGAAAUCCUAAGGUGAUUGGGGUUGAAAUGUGUUAUUCCGUAAUGACAUAUGCACCUGCCAAUAUCCUAUUCAUUUAUUUGAAUUUUUAGCCUUUACUAGCUCUAGGAGUCAGAUGUUCAGCUUGAAAAAGAUGCUUCUCUGUUCUUGAAUGGCUUAACAGUCUAAGGCAAUGUAGGAGGAUCGGAGAGAGAAAAUAAUUGCUGUAAUACUUUGAUUCUUUUCGUAGGGUCUAGCCAGUAUAAUGCUUUGAAUGUGCCAUUACACAGUAGAAGACGACAGGUGAGUAAUAAACCUAAAUUAUUAACCUAAAAAGUUUGCAACAUCUUUGGCUCAAGGCUUUGGGAUGGUGCAGAGCAAAUAAUAGAACCAUAGAACUGUAAAGCUGGGAUGCUGGUUCUCUCUUAGCUAUGGGUGGAAAAAAGUAAGAAGCAAAGUGGGAGGAGGAACAUUUUAAUAUCCAAUGCAUUUCAGACCUCUCAGGCACCUCAUCAGGGACUGAAGUUUAGUCUUUUGUUAUACUGGCUUCAAUUUCCUCAUGCUGUGGAAGAUUAUACAAGAGAUUAAACUUCUGUAUUUGGAACUCCUUGAUGAAGAACCUGGGAGAUCUGAAACUUGUUGGAUAUUAAGCAUUUUCCCCCAAAGUCCUUUGCUUCUUGCCCACCCCAUUUGCCUGGGGUUUCCCAUCUUGCCAGAUCUUGGUUAAUGCCUCCCAAGUAAUCAUGGCUGCAAAAGGGGGGGAUUUAGGUAAAAGCUGUGUAAGAUCGUCUGUCGGUGGCAACUUGACAUAAGAGUCAAAAGAGCAGCCACCUGUUUUCAGAGGUAGAACGGGCUCUCCCAGAAUUCUGCUCCUUGGAGAUGGCAAAAAGUCAUUUGUCUCUGUCCCACCCACCAAGACUGAAAAAGAGCUUGGCAUUAGUGCUGUAGAUGAGGGACAGAAGUACAGCACUGCUCCAACUCUCCAGGUUGAGAUUUUAAUACGGUAAAACUUGCUGCUGUCCAAGUCUUUGCACGUGGUCUUCUAAACAAUUAAAAUGAUAGAAGGAUGCCUAGUAGAAUACUAUUUGUGAAGUAUAUUGGCUUUCAUUCCCACCACAAAAUGCAUUCUGGUUUUGUUGCUGAAAAAUGAAUGAGAAGCACCAAGAUCUUUUUGGCCAUGGCCCCGGCCUGGUGGAACACUCUCUCACAAGAGACUAGGGCCCUGCGGGUUUGACAUCUUUCCGCAGGGCCUGCAAGACAGAGCUGUUCUGCCAGGUCUUUGGUCGGGGUUCAGUCUGAUUCUUUCUGUAUAAUAACAAGCAUUCAAGAGGCCUCCUAGCCUGCUCACAGGUUCUUUAUAAGACUAGUGCUAACAGUUGGCCCUGGAGAAUAUUAACCACUCUCAAUUUUACCCAUGGACUGCCAUCUGUCCAUAUUUUAAUUUGCUCUGAACUAAUUUUAAGAAGUAUUUUAACUAAUUGAUUGCCUGUUCUUAUGUUCUUAGUAUACUGUCUUAGUUUCAUGAUGUUAGCCCCCCUGAGCCUGGCUCCGGCCGGGGAGGGCAGGGUACAAAGAAAAAUUUAUUAUUAUUAUCAUCAAGAUUGUGCCCUGAUACAAUUAGAUCACAGUGCUAUUAUUCUGCUUCUCCAACAGAAGAACCUUUGCAGCAGGGAGGAGGUCUGUCAUAUAUGAAUCUUCUGUUUGUUCAGUUAGGAGCAGUUCUGGGAAAGGCCUUUUGUAAAAGAGAUUGCUCUCCAUCAAAAUAAGAGUGAGCUGCAUCACUGCUCUUUGUACCUUGCAGUUGAAGCUGCGUGACCUUGCUGGCCAAGCGCUGGCCUUUGUUCAAGACCUGGUGACGGCCCUUCUGAAUUUCCAUACCUACACAGAACAGCGAGUCCAGAUUUUCCCUGUUGAUUCCGCCACAGAUACAAUAUCGCCAUUAAAUCAGAAGGUAAGCUGGCUGGGGGUGAGCUUUACGUAAAGAGAUUAAAGUGGACAUACGAUAAGCACACUAUGUGCCACCUUGCUACAUUUUUCUACAGCGGAUGGAAUGUAGCUGUUAAAACAAUCUCCUUUUUUAUUUGUGCAAAAUUGUACAGAAUGGGGUGAAAGUUUCUCUCCACACAUUUCUGCCAAGGCAACACUAUGGCUCCUUUGUAUGCAAAGGAUUCCAGGUUCAAUCCCUGGCACCUCCAGCUGAAAGAGCAGUUCUCUCUCUGUCCAGGAUGCUGGAAAGCCAGUUGAAGAAUAAAAAUAAAAAUAAUAAUUCCCAGAUUCUUUUUUUUUUUUUUAAACUUUCUUAUGUGAUGUUGGGCAGUAAUGUUCUGAGCUUUUGCUGCUGCAUUGCUUUUAUAUGUAUUCUGUUUUGAAAAUAUUUAACAGUAAGGUGCCUUAGGGAACUCUGUAGUGAUGAAGCUGUGGGUUAUAAUUAAAUAGUCGCAGGAUAUGGUUUUGUAAAUAAAAUAAAAUAAAUCUUAACUUCCCUUGGCCAAAAUGCCUUCACAGAGUUUUGCUUCAGGGUUUCUGAAUGUUCCCUUUCUCUUACUUUCUCCCCCUCCCAGUCACCAUAAAAGGUAAAGGGACCCCUGACCAUUAGGUCCAGUCGUGGCCGACUCUGGGGUUGCCGCGCUCAUCUCGCUUUAUUGGCCGAGGGAGCCGGCGUACAGCUUCCGGGUCAUGUGGCCAGCAUGACUAAGCUCCUUCUGGCGAACCAGAGCAGCGCACGGAAAUGCCGUUUACCUUCCCGCUGGAGCCGUACCUAUUCAUCUACUUGCACUUUGAUGUGCUUUCAAACUGCUAGGUUGGCAGGAGCAGGGACCAAGCAACGGGAGCUCACCCCGUUGCGGGGAUUCGAACCGCCGACCUUCCUAGGCUCUGUGGUUUAACCCUCUGCAUCCCUCCCAGUCCCCAUAGUCCAAAAUAAUCUGUCCCCCGCACCCCUGGCAUACAGCAGUUCAAAAGCAGUGCUGGUAAUCUGUUUUAAUGCCAAAUAGUUCUGUGACUUCACAAGCAGUGCCUGCUGGAACCACUGACGGGUCUCUCUUGGUUCAGUUUUCGCAGUACCUUCAUGAAAACGCAUCCUACAUUCGCCCCCUGGAAGAAGGAAUGCUACACUUAUUUGAGAGCAUCACUGAGGACACUGUCACAGUUCUGGUAAUAUGGUUGUCUUUGUUGUCACAUUCCAUGUCUGAGACAGGUUGCUACUAAAUACCUGAGAGACAAUUUCUUCUUUUCUCUUCAAAGGAGACAACUGUGAAAUUGAAAUCCUUUUCUGAUUACUUAGCAUCUUAUGUCUGCUUUCUCAGGAAGAUUCUUCCUUAUCAGUUGAAAAGGUACUUUCCUCCUUUUUGAUCCACACAAUGGGAGCUAUAAUUCAGUGUGCUGCUCAUCACUUAUGUUAAGAGUCUGAGAGCAGCAUGGCAACAUACCUCUGGUUCUUGAGAAUGUUCAUAAUGAUGGUUGACAAUGAAUAUUUCAAAGGUGUCGGCGGGAGGUGGGGAGUUACUUUAUCAUAGCAACUGUCAUUAUCUGUCUGAGAGGGCAUUGCUUCCAGUGUUAGAUCGCUUAAUGUGACUCAGGAUCUCUUGUGCAGUGUGUUAUCGAAUGGUCAUACAUUAAUUACAAUGGAUCUACUUUAUGACUAACACUGAAUAUCACUCAGAGUUUUAGCAGCUUUCGUAUAAAUGUCAUUCUCCCCCACGCAUCUUGUUAGAGAGCCAUCUUCAUAUUUAUUUGUGUAUAUAUAUUUGGGCAUUUUUACCUCACUCUUUAGGGACGUGGGUGGCGCUGUGGGUUAAACCACACAGCCUAGGACUUGCCGAUCAGAAGGUCGGCGGUUUGAAUCCCCGCGACGGGGUGCGCUGCCGUUGCUCUGUUCCUGCUCCUGCCAACCUAGCAGUUCGAAAGCACAUCAGAGUGCAAGUAGAUAAAUAGGUAUCGCUGCGGCAGGAAGGUAAACGGCGUUUCCGUGCGCUGCUCUGGUUCGCCAGAAGCGGCUUAGUCACGCUGGCCACAUGACCCGGAAGCUGUACGCCAUCUCCCUCGGCCAAUAAAGCGAGAUGAGCGCUGCAACCCCAGAGUCAGUCACGACUGGACCUAAUGGUUAGGGGUCCCUUUACCUUUACCUCACUCUUUAACCCAAAAAAGUUGCAAGACUGACUUACAGAGAUCAAUAAGAAGACAGCCCCUAUCCUCAGACUUACUAUCAAAAAUACAUAGCACAAGAGGAAAAUAUUUUGGAAGGGAGAAGGAAAGAAACCUCAAGCACUAGUUCUUAGUUACAAAGUUUUUAAAAUAAUCAACUGCAGCAGAAAGUUUUUCAAAGAGAGACAGAAACAAAAGUUGUUGGUCUCUCAGCUGAGCCAAUGGAAUGGCCUUGUAUUCUUCUCUUCCUCACCGACCUAUAGCCUGCAGUAAUGGAUGCCGCAAGGUGAAAGUGAUGAAGGCGCCUGACAAAGUUAAAAGCAGAACUGUUUGCGAGUUUAGUAAUUUUAACUGAUUAUUUGUCUGCCUUUUAAAUUUUAUGUAUAAACAUAUAACUCACCUUUCCAACACAAAGUGUCAGAGGCAAUGUACAAUGCUAAGAACUCAGACACCUAAAACCAAUAAAAUAGUAAAGAGAAAGGAAUGUAAACAGCAGCAUUUCAACCAGUUGCUUAAAUUUAUGUAUCAUUGAAGCAUUGAUAUGGGUUCCUUUUUGACAUUUUGAACAAACCCUCAAUAGCCACUUUUUCAGAAAAGUGCCCCACAAUGUUUAUCUCAUCUUUUCUGAAUAUCGUGUAUUUUUUUUAAAAAAAACAACCGCUACCACCAUAAUACUCACUUUUAAAAACAUAAAUUCAUAUGUUCCUAGUUUGGAAGAAGAGUGUGAAUCUUCUCUUUGCACAGCUGCGUUAAGAGCCAGGAACAUGGAGCUGCAGAGAGACAUGAAGAAGCUGACUGCAGUCUUUGAGAAGUUGCACACGUACAUUAAUCUUCUUGCCUUACCUAGUAAGUAGCAGCAGCAGACCAGGGCAGAUGAAAUACCGUAUUGCAGGAUCUAAAAUUUCAAAAUUCGGUGCGAUAAGUAUUGAAUCUGGUGGGUGGGUGUUUCUGUUUUUGCCAGACCGACAUCAAAUUACAUGCAUGUCAUUGCCUGCUUUUAUUGUAUGAAAGGAUCUGGGGUAUCUAGGGAUUUGUAGGCCAUGGUGAGCAGUUACCUUUUUGUCACUAGUAUGACUCUAAUAUAAAUAUUUAAAAAUUAUGCUCCAGUGAUCAAUCCCCCGGUUGUGUACCUUUCCUGGGCUUUUCCAGAUACAACAAUGCUAGUAUAUAUAUAUUUCUUUUGAACUGAACUUCCUUAAAUUGUAGGUACAGUGUUUUUAUAUGUGUACUGAGGUUGGAAUCAACAUUGAAUAAGAGUGAGACUUGUAUUUUACAGAAAGCGGACGAGAAACGGUUCAAGGGAUUUUGUUGGAAUACUCCAUAAUUUGAUUAUGGGUAGUAGUAUUUAUAGGAUUCCCUCCCCAGCCUCAUCCAAAUUCUCCACUUGACCAGGAAUCUGAACUUCACGUGAACUUCAAAAAUUUAAGGGACUCGGGUUUCUUCCCUGUUUUGGACUGAGGAAGCUGGAUAAUGCUGAUUGCAUAUUGCUCUUUUAUGGCAGCCUUUGCCAACCUAGUUCCCUGCAGUUGGUCGUUCUGGCUAGGGGUGAUGAGCGUUGCAGCUCAAAACAUGCAGAGGGCACCAAGUUCGUGAAGGCUACUUUAUGAACUCCUUCACAGAAUUGUAUAGUUGGAAGGAAACCCAGGGGUCACCUAGUCCAACUGACUGCAAUGCAAAAAUGCCCCCAUCCUUUUAAUGAAACCAGGCCUCUUCUAAAUUGUUUUGCUAGCAGGAACUAUUCUAUAUGGCAAAUGCCCUUUUUCUCCUUGACGCUUGUCAUUACAUUUGGAUUUUCUGCUCUUUGUACAACUUCCAGGCACAAAUCCAGACCGUCUGCUUCGUACAAACUUCAGCUCUCUGCUCACAUACAUUGCUUCGACCCUUAAUGGAUUUCACGAUGUCAUGAAAGGUGAGACUGGCUGAAGGAUAUACAGCUUUUUUUUUUAUUAAAAAAAUGACACGUUAGCACUCUGGUCACUUAACACUUUAUGGGUGGUGGGUGGAUGUCAUAAAGAUUUAAUGGCCUUUGCAUGGUCGGCCUACCUAGUAUGUGCAUCAACAAAAGGGAGAAACAAAAUAUACUCAAAUACAGUGUUGUUGUUUUUUACUGAUACAAGUUUUCAGCCAUAUGCAAAAAUAACAAUAAAUACUGGUAAUGUAUCUUUGUAAUAACCCUGUGAAAUGGGUCCGGGGUGGCCUACAUUGACUUUUACCGUGGAGUGGGGAUUUGAACCCGAGUCUUUCUCGUUGAAACCUAAUGAUCCCUCCACUACUCAGUACUGGCUCUCCACUGAAGUCAGGGGAAAGUGUUGCAAGAAAAUAUCCACAGGAUUGGACUGUUAAGGUUUGAAGCACAAGGUUUAUAGUGAAAUUAAGUACUGCUAGCAUAAUGUAAAGGGUUCUGCCUAACUACACUGAAACAGAAGGUGUGCAGUCCAUUUUCGUUAAGGGCAAUAUUCAAUAAUGAAACGGUUCUAGCUACUUCCUACUAUAUUCUUCUUUCCUGCUGUCUAGGUGUGCCAGGCAAUUGGGAUUUGCUCAAAAUAUAGCUAGCUCAGUGGUAGAGCACAUGCUUUGCAUGCGGAAAGUUUAAUCUCUGUAGGAUUGUCUCCACAGAUAGUCGUAUCUAUCUUUUGAAAGUGCUUUCCUAGGUAGAAAAAAGUGACAUUUAGGAAGAAAUGGGAUUUUCUGACUGGAUCUGAAUGAGAGGUUCGGAGGGCGAUGUGCACACCUGAUGCAAGUUAAUUCUUUCUGGUUUUAGAUAUUUAUAAGCAUUAUAGUCAAAAAGCUGCUUUGGAGCAAGAGCUCCCCACAGCCACGCAGAAGCUCAUCACCACCAACGACUGCAUCUUAUCAUCUGUGGUAGCAUUAACAAACGGAGCCGGCAAGGUAACUUCUUUUCUUACACAAAGUGCCCAUCACUGCUGCCUAAAUCAGCAUUGUGAAACUAACACGAGCUUGCAGCCCUUCUAUGAUGUAUCUGUAUCUAAAUUCAUGCAAAAGUUCCCUUUUAUUGUCACAAAUUGGGAAUCUUUAUAAAGGAGAAAGUUGUUGUUCUUGUGAUGGAUUCCUUGAGGGUAAAGCUUAGGUAGUAUAAAAUUGUGCAGCCAGAAAGUAUGUUCAUAAGGAUGCAACGACAUAAGAACCCACAGGAUCAGGCCAGUGACCCAUCUAGUCCAGCAUCCUGUUCUCACAGUGGCCAACCAGAUGCCUGUGGGAAGACCCUAAGCAGGGCAUGAGUGCAAAAGCACUCAGUUGUGACUCCCAGCAACUGGUAUUCAGAGACACACUGCCUCCAGUAUUGGAGGGAGAACAACAACAACAACAACAACAACAGCAACAAUUUAUUUAUACCCCACCUACCUAUCUGGCUGGGUUUCCCCAGCCACUCUGGGCAGCUUCCAACAAAAUAUUAAAAUACAAUAGUGCGUCAAACAUUAAAAGCUUCCCUAAACAGGGCUGCCUUCAGAUGUCUUCUAAAAAUCUGGUAGUUGUUUUUCUCUUUGACAUCUGGUGGGAGGGCGUUGCACAGGGCGGGUGCCACUACUGAGAAGGCCCUCUGACUGGUUCCCUGUAACUUGGCUUCUUGCAGUGAGGGAACCGUCAGAAGGCCCUCGGCACUGGACCUCAGUGUCCAGGCAGAAUGGUGGGGGUGGAGAUGCUACUUCAGGUAUACUGGACCGAGGCCGUUUAGGGCUUUAAUGGUCAGCAUUAACACUUUGAAUUGUGCACCAAAACGUACUGGGAGCCGAUGUAACCAUCACUGCUUUGAAAUGUCCCCCCGCCCCCGAAUCAAGCAAUAUAUAGUUUUAAAGGAAUAAAUGAAUAGUAGUCAUUGAUGGCUUUAUCAUUAAUGGAUUUGUGUUAUCCUCUUUUUAAACCAGCAAAGCUAGUUGCCGUCACAUCACCUUGGAGCAAAAUCCAUGGUUUAAAAUGUGGGCUGUGUGAAGAAAUAUUUCAUUUUCACUGUCCUGAAUCUCUUAACAGCUCAGAUGGGUUUGGUUUUCUAGUAUUACAGUGGUACCUCGGGUUACAUACGCUUCAGGUUACAUACAUACGCUUCAGGUUACAGACUCUGCUAACCCAGAAAUAGUACCUUGGGUUAAGAACUUUGCUUCAGGAUGAGAACAGAAAUCGUGCUCUGGUGGCGCGGCAGCAGCAGGAGGCCCCAUUAUCUAAAGUGGUGCUUCAGGUUAAGAACAGUUUCAGGUUAAGAACGGACCUCCGGAACCAAUUAAGUACUUAACUCUAGGUACCACUGUAUAUGAGAAGGAGGGAACCUUCACUGUAGGCAUGACCUUGCACACCUCUGCCAUGUCAUGCCAUGUCCCCACAACUCACAAAAACAAACCUAAAAAGCCGCAAAUGCUGCAACCCGCUGUUUAUCUAAAAUGUAAGCAAAUGGUUCCAAGCUCCUUGUGAUUUUGCUGAAGUAGGAUGAAGUGGAACACAUAAUCUCAGGACUCUCUCUGCAUCUCAUUCUUCUAGCUGCAAACUUGCCCAGUAUUUUAAAUCUCUGCAUUUGUAUGUUUAGGUUGCUUCAUUCUUCAGCAAUAACUUAGACUGCUUCACUGCAUCGCUGAGCUAUGGGCCUAAGGGAGGAAUGGAGUUUAUCAACCCCCUCUCGGCGGAGUGCAUGCUUCAGUACAAGAAGAAAGCAGCUGCUUACAUGAGAUUGCUGAAGAAGGUUUGUGCCUGUUCAAGAACAAUAGCUGUAGCGCAGUGACUUGGAUCGCUUGGACACGCUCUAAAAAUCCUUUUGAUGUGGGAUUGGAUUCUCUCCGCCCAUGAAGAAGUGGUUCUUUGUUGCUGAUGAAACCAUUUUUUGUUCCCGAGCUGUAUACUUGCUUGGGGCAGAGCUGCAGGAAAAAUUGUGGAGUGUGAUGAUUGUUGGAUAAAUACGAGACCAAUAUACUCUCUCUCUGUUUAUGGAAAUAUGGCUGGGUGGGGCAGACUGUAUGGAUGGAAUGUCAUUAUUAGUCUGCGUGGAAAAAUCUCGGCAGGGUGGUCUCACAGCUUAGUAGUCGAAUAGAGAUGAUGGACAUUUGUUAGCAGGACAGGUUCAAUAUGUUUGCAUAGGCCAAGGUUUGUUUGGGGAUAGAGCUAAUUAGGAGUUUAGUGUAACUAGAGCUGUUGAAAAGUUUGAUGAGGCCACUGCAGGCUUCUUGUCUUACUUGUCUCACUGGUACCAGAGAGCAGGAGGGACAUGAGUGCAUCUUUUGUUAUGCCACAAAUUUCAGUCUUGGGCUACUUUGGGACUUUGGAGUUUCUGUAGUUUUCUAAGCCACAAACUUGUAUUGUAGGACUAGAACCCUUCUCCUUGCACAGAACCCCGCCACAUCCCAUCAUAUCACACUUUAAACAAAAUAUGGAGGAGCACUCAAACACUGUAUAAAGUUCACUCCACCUCUUCUCUGAAGUGGUGCGGUUCAGUGGCAAAUAAAUCACAUGAAUCUGCUGACUUGUGUUUUUUCAGUCCCAAACUAGUCUAAUGAAGUGUGAAUUGCGGUGAAAAAUUAAAAACUCAAGCCGCUGUAAGUUAGUUGAUUGCUUGUGGGUGUGGGUGGGUGAGGUUUUUGCUUAUAGCUGGAAAAAAAGUGGCAGUGGAGGCAGCUCCCAAAUUUUAGUUCAGUUGAGUGGGAUUCUUGGUCAUUAGCUAGGGGCUGCUAGGACAGACGUGUUGCAUGCUGACUCCCGUAGCAUCCCAUUAGACUCCUUGUCACCCUGUUUCAGCCUCUCUCUUACUAUUUUCACACCAUCCUAAUCCCACCCCCUUCUUUCUGCCUGCUGCCAGCAUCUCCCACAACUCUUUUGUUACCUUCAUGCUUAUAUGACAGAACUUCUGAUGGUGUUUCCAGCUGAAAAACCUGCCGUCCGAAUGACAUGCAGCUGUUUUCAUUCAUUGUUUGAGAUCCGGUCCACGCAUGGAAUGCACAGUGGCCUUCCUCUGUUGCUUUCUGCCCAAGGCACUUUAGAGCAAUGCUGCAGCUGUGUGUUUUCUCUUUGUUCUUUGCCUCCCCCCCUCCAAAAGUGUAAUAUACCAGGCGCAGAUCUCUGCCACCAAGGGCCUGGAAAGCAUCAACAAAUACUUUUGCUAGCGAGGGAGGGAGGGCAAGCGGGCGGGGGAACUUAACGCUUCCCAUAUGUAACCCAACUCACUGAAGUCAUGUAUAUCUUUUGGCUCUAGCCAUGUUGCGAUUCAGUGCCUUAUGAAGAGGCCUUGGCCAACCGCAGAGUUCUUCUGAGUUCCACGGAGAGCAGAGAAGGCCUUGCACAGCAGGUAUUCAGUCGUCCGACACGUAGCUGUUCCUAAGCUUAGUGCGCUCACUGAAACUGUAUUAAAUUUGAUAGUCUCACUGUCCUAACAUCAUUUAAUGCUCAUGGCAAUGCAUCUCUAAAUAGGGAAUUGAUGGGUGAGUGUUUGCAAACUGUGCCAAUUUUGAAUUUGUUCCUUUGUAAGCCUGAUCCACACAUUAUUAUUAUUAUUAUACCUCACCAGCCACUCUGGGUGGCAUCCAAUACAAAGAAAAAUUUUAUUUUGUAUUUACAUACUUACUUUUAAUGGAUUUUUUUCCACAAGAUGUGUACCUGUAAACAAAAUAUUAGUAAAAAAAAGUAGUUUCUAAAUGCAUUUUAUUUUAAAAUAUUUUAAAAACAAAUUUGAAUAAGUUAUCGAGUCAAAAAAUGCAUCACAAGAUUUGUGCUGUGUGAAAUUUGGAGGAUAAUGAUGUUAGUUUGCAUAGUGUGUAUUGGGUUUAAGGUAAAGGUAAAGGUACCCCUGCCCAUACGGGCCAGUCGUGUCCGACUCUAGGGUUGUGCGCCCAUCUCACUCAAGAGGCCGGGGGCCAGCGCUGUCCGGAGACACUUCCGGGUCACGUGGCCAGCGUGACGAAGCUGCUCUGGUGAGCCAGCACCAGCGCAGCACACGGAAACGCCGUUUACCUUCCCGCUAUAAAGCGGUACCUAUUUAUCUACUUGCACUUAAGGGUGCUUUGAAACUGCUAGGUGGGCAGGAGCUGGGACCGAAAGACGGGAGCUCACCCUGCCGACGGGAAAGACGGGAAUCCACCCCGGCGGAUUUGAACCGCCGACCAUGCAAUCGGCAAGCCCUAGGCGCUGAGGUUUAGUUUGCAUUAAAAAUUCGCAAAGACUGACUAUCUCAAGCAUCCCUUGUCUAACUAGUGAAAGGGUUAUGCUUGGCUCUAGACUUCUGCAUGCAAUCCAGGCUUGGGAGUGCAGAACAAGCCUGCCAUAAAGCUCAGUAGCACUGUCUGAUAUGGUUAUUCUUCUCUACAUGUGACGGCUUGGAUCAAAUCUCUGAUUAUCUGCUGUCCUACUUCGCUUCCACCUUUCUUUGGCCUCAGGCUUAUUGUAAAAAAGAAAAAAGGAAGGUCAAAUGUGUAUGAAAUUGGACAUUCCCCCCACCAGAACUCAGCAGACAGAAAAGGCGAAUGGACACAAAGCUUUUUUUUUAUUGGCAUGCAUUCUCUGUUUAUUUUGUGUCAUCUUAUUGCUGGUGGGGUGAGUGAAGAGAACCUCUAACACAAAUGGUGCUGUUGUCAGGUCUAUAUGCUGCCAAACAUGUUGUCCAGCUUGGAAAUUUGGCUUCAGGAACCAGGUUUCCAGCUAGAUGGCCAGUUGACCUAGUGGCUAAAAGCCCAAAGUUGAUCUCUGAGUAGUCCUCUUGCAGUUCGUAAUUCUCUCCAAUUCAUGUUGUGCUAGAAUUUAAUUCAAGCUGUUCUAUAAAAUGGCUAGUAAAUAGAUAGGAAUACAUAAUGUGAACCCCCAAAUAUAUUUCUUCCUCUGGCUUUUGGAGAAUAAUGUAAAACCACAACACUUAUCCAGGGCGAAUACUCUAUUUAGCCAAACUUGUCAUAGUUGCAUGGAAGCCAGUCUAAUGGACUUGGGCUAUGCUCUUCUUGGGUGUUUAAAAAUAAACCUUUAUCUCCUUAGUUUGUAAAACUUUAUCUGGUCUGUCACCGCAGGCAUCCGUUUCCUCCGUUCUGCAGAUGAAUUUGUUUGGUUCAUAUAGUCAGCUGUGCAUCUUGCACAUUACGCUAUCUUAAGUUUACAUUCUUAAGUGAAGGAAACAUUAUUUGUUUAAAGGUUUGUAAAAAUGUGAGCUGCCUGUCACAUCCUGAGUUUCAUAUGGGUUCCUUGCUCUCUUCCAUUUUUCUGUUCCCUCCUGUGUUUUUUCCCUGUUUUUAAAUAGCCAGAAUCGCAGCGCUCAGAUGGAAACCUUCCUUACAGUUUUUGGCAUUAUGGAUGGCAGAAACUUUUCAGCGCAAGCUGUGAGCCUUCAGGGCACACAUUUAAGCAUGUCAAAGCUACAGGUUGUUGCUUUUGUUGCCUCUUCUCUGCUCCAGAUACAACCUGCUCAAGCAAUGAUUCAACUUGCUAUGCACGCACUUUUAGAUACCCUUUAACUUCCCAUUUGUUCACUUCCCGGUGCUAAUUCUUGCUGUUCUCUAGGUCCAGCAGAGCUUAGAGAAGAUUACAAAACUGGAGCAGGAGAAAGAACACUGGAUGCUGGAGGCCCAGCUGGCCAAAAUUAGGUUGGAGAAGGAAAACAAAAGAGUAAGCGAUAAGCUCAGAAACUCUGUGGGCAACCAGAGGAUUGAGGCACCCCAGGAAAGCCUCUUCACACUGAAUGCAGAUGAACAGGAGAAGGAGGAUGCUGCAGAGAAGGCUUUGAGGGAACCAGUUCAAACUGCAAGUCUCGUAAGUGCACCUUACUCCCAGUGAUGUGGGUUGGAAAUUGGGCAACUGGAAUGACUACAAUACUAGCUAAAUCUAAAAUUAACAUUGUAAUUAACAUUUUUCAGGCGAGUGACCCUAGAAACCACAUAUAUAUUCUUGUACACAGCUCUCAUGGCCUUCAUUCUCCUCAAAAAAGUCACCCCAAACCCUGGAUAAUGUAAUGGGAGUGAAUAUAAUUGAAUUCUCAGGUCCUAAAGUGUUUACAAGUAUAAAUGAGGAACUCCAGUUUAAUGUGCUGAAUGUGGUGCAUGGAAGGCAGGGGUGGGAGGGAAGCAAGUAGCCACAAGGUUCAUCCACGAUGCCUUGAACAAAACGCCUAAAUGUGGCCAACGUGUCUUGAUUUUAUCUCACAUUUGUUUUCCUCUUUUCCAUUGAAAAGCUCAGCACAACAUGAAUGAAGUAACACCAUUUUAUUCUAGACUGAGAAAUAUCCACUUGCCCAAGGUCACCAAGUGAGCUUCAUGGCAGGGAUUCAGAUCCCAGGUGUCCCUUUGUGAUACCACACUGGUUCUGUUACUUUGGACGGUGUUCAAAAUGGUUUUUUUUCUGUCCAGAGUUUGAUGUUUUCAGGACUUCAUUAGGGUAAAUUCCAUCCCGGUCCCCUAUCUUGAAAACCUUCAUUUCACCUUGGUAAAGCUUUCAUGCAGCAGCAGAGCUAAACUUUUUGGUGCUAAGGUGUGGGAUUUGUGAUCUUGCCCAUAUCAAUCAAUCAAUCAAUCAAUCAAUCAAUCAAUCAGUCAAUGUUUAUUAUGGCAAACAGCCAGCUUACCCAUGUCAAAUACCUGGUAAUCUGAUAUAUUAAACCUAAGUAAUGUUACAUAGGCCUUAGAGUUGGAAAUUAUGCAUGUUGACAUUUCUGAGUGUCUUUUAGGAUUCCGUGUUUGUUUGGAACUGACACACUUGCAAGCUGAUCCCACUGAAUAGUUUUUCAUUUUUAUUGGGGGGAAACACCAUGGGCAAAGUUUAAGUUGCCCAUGUUGAAGCCCUAUUGAUUCAAGUGAGGAAAGGGGGAGCAUAUACUUAUCUUUCAUAGUAAGAUUAGUGCAGCUUAAUAAAAGUAAUUACCUUUUUCAAACUUUGGAGCAAAAGCCAGUUAAACUUACUUUGGAGCCAUUGAAACCAACUUCAUUUAAAUGAACUUUUGAAUCAGAAAAUGAAUGUACUACUUUGAGCUGAUUCUGUCAUCCUAAUAUUUUUCUAGGUCGGGAUGUUGAUAACCACUGAAAAUGAAGAGGUAUGUUUUUUAAUAUGACAGAGUCGUGCUGGCAUAAUUUUACAACUGUGUGCUCCUGGUCAAAACACUGUAAUGUAAAAAUAUCCCUCUGGGAUGGGGCCUUCCAGAUCUUGGACUUCCAGCUCUUGUCAGGUUUAGCCAGCAUUGUCAAUGAAUAGCAAGUGAUGGGAGUUGUAGUCCAACAAGAUAUGCAGAGCCAAAGAUUCCCUGUCUCUGAUGUAGCUGCUGUUCAGUUUACUUUGUCAGAUGAACUGUACCCUUUCCCACCAUUUCUUUGGUCUUAAUCUUCCUUGCUUCUUGACAUUUUGGUGCAGAAUUCCACUUAUCUGGGGCAGUGGCAAUUACAUUACUGCAAUCUACACUGGUCCUUUCCCCGCACCCCAUCCCUCAUUUUGAGCUCACUUAGGCACAAAAUGAAAACCUUGUUGUUUACCCAAGUCUUUGAAAUGUAAUCAGCAUUCUUUCUGGCGCUGCUGCUUCAUAUAUGAUGUUGUUAAUGUCCUCUUGUUGUGCUGCCAUUGGGAGAAAAGGCAGGAUAUAUGUACGAGGAAAUGAAUAAAUACAUUUUAUGACAUUUCCUAUUCUGCCAGGAGCUUAUCUUGCUGUGAUUAUGGAAACAUGUGAUACUCCAGGAAAUGGUGGAGUGCAGUUUGACAGCAAUGUUGUUGACUGUCCCAGUUAUCAAUAGGAGAACUUGCCCCAUCUCUCCCCUCGCCACGACCAACUGCUGAUGGAUUAGAGCAGUCUCCAUCUAAUCUGGUAUCCAUGUUAUAACAAUGGCCAGACAGAUAUCACUGGCAAAGCAUGCAGAUAAUGACCUUCUUGUGUUUGCUUCCUGCAUCUAGUACUAAGAUGCGUGCUGCCUCUGCACAUGAAUCGUAAUAGCUAAUAACUAUUCUUAUGUUACCCUUUGUAGGCCCCAGAAGCCGACACCCGGGAAGACUUGAUAAAGAACCAUUACAUGGCAAGAAUAGUGGAGCUUACAUCUCAGUUGCAGCUGGCUGACAGCAAGUCUGUACAUUUCCAUGCAGAGGUGAGUGCGCGAGUACUUUCCUACUUUGAAAAUGCAAACUUCGUCUUACAGUGAAGGUUCCCUUUUUGCACUGGAGGAUAUGAUAAGUGACUUCAUUCCACCAUCUGCGGCUGCAGGGCUUUUUGAAGCUUCAGCUUUUACAAGCAGGCAGUCCCCUCUUAGUUUUGGAAAUACAGUGGUACCUCGGGUUAAGUACUUAAUUGGUUCCGGAGGUCCGUUCUUAACCUGAAACUGUUCUGAAGCACCACUUUAGCUAAUGGGGCCUCCUGCUGCUGCAGCGCCGCCGGAGCAUGAUUUCUGUUCUCAUCCUGAAGCAAAGUUCUUAACACCUGAGGUACUAUUUCUGGGUUAGCAGAGUCUGUAACCUGAAGCGUAUGUCACCUAAAGCGUAUGUAACCCGAGGUACCACUGUACUACAGUGAAUGAAGAUACAGUGGACGCUCAGGUUGCGAACGUGAUCCGUGCAGGAUGCACGUUCGCAACCUGCAGCGUUCGCAACCUGCAGCGGUGCGUCUGUGCAUGCGCGGGUUGUGAUUUGGCACUUCUGCACAUGUGCAAAGCGCCAUUUAGCACUUCUGCGCAUGCGUGACCGCCGAAACUCGGAAGUAACCUGUUCCAGUACUUCCGGGUUUCAGUGGUCCAUAACCUGAAAAAACACAACCUGAAGCGUCUGUAACCCGAGGUACGACUGUAUUGCGGCUCAGUCAAUAAUGUGAUCUGUAAUCUUACUGAGGAACGGCUGCAGCCUAGUCAUAGAGCUCACUUGCUUUGCGUGCGGAAGGUCCAAAGUUCAGUCCAUCCAGCAGCUCCAGCUAGAGCUGGGAGUAGACCCUGCUUGAAAUCCUGAAGAGCCACUGGGCUAGAUGGACCAGGUGUUUGGAGAAAACAGUUCAGACAUAAAUUUGCCGUGUGGCCUUGAGGAGCGCUGAGUCCCAUAUGUAAAAUGGGGGAAACAACCUACCUCACCGGGCUGAUGUGAUGAAUGAGUGAAGGGCAGUAAAGCCCCCACUGUAUGAGUGAAGGUGCUAUUGAUUUUUAAAUAAUAAUUGUCCGCAUAAAAGACGGCCUAAAUAAACUAACAUGGCUUAUUUGUGUGUGUUGGCAGUGCCGGGCACUUGCAAAGCGUCUCGCUCUGACUGAGAAAUCUAAAGAAUCAUCACUGGAAGAGGUGAGACAGGCUAGACAGAGCAUCACCAGGUUGCAGGUAAGUUUGUUUAACCACAUGGCUCUGUGUGUGCAUUAGAGUUGUGCAUGGCCGCCUUGAUCUGGGGCCUGAACCAACCUGGAACAACCUAGGACUCAACAGAUCUGGGCCUUGAACUGAAUCCCUGGAGAUUUCACAGUGUUUUAUUAGACUUUUAAGAGCCUGACUAAAUAUAUGGAAGGAUGGGGUGAGGAGACACAGGCCUAUGCAUCUCCUUCUCCUCCCCCUUACUCUCUGCUUGAAUUAACCCCUUUUGACAGUCCUGGAUCACUCUGGGUGGACCUGAUCCAGUCUGGGUCUGCCUCAACCCACUCCGGCAUAAUUGUGGGUUAACCCAAAGCUGCCUGGUUCAGAAUCCAGGAUUCGGCCAGAGCGGUUAGCUCUAGUGUGUACAAUGGUACCUUGGUUUUCAGACUUUAUCCGUUCCGGAAGUCUUUUCCAAAGCGUUCCAGAACCAAGGCACCCUUUCCCAUAGAAAGCAAUGCAAAAUGGAUUAAUCCAUUCCAGACUUUUAAAAACAACCCCUGAAACAGCAAUUCAACACAAAUUUUACUAAUGAGACCAUUGAUCCAUAAAAUGAAAGCAAUAAACAAUGUACUACAGUCACACAAUCAAUCAAUCAGUAGCUGAACUGGGUUCCACACUCACAAAAACAAAACAAAAAAAGCUGCAAAAACAAAAACAAAAUAAAUUGCAAAAACAGACCUCAGCGCAACACUCAAAACGGAAGAGUGGCACUCAAGUCGAAGUAUACCACUCAAAACAGAGCACAUUCGGCUUCCAAAAAAGGUUCGCAAACGAAGUUCCAAGUUGUUGGAGAACCAAGGCAUUUGAGAACCAAGGCACCACUGUAUAUAUUACGAGAACCUGUGAGCAAAUUUACGUGGACCCUGCCCGCCACACCCACACCAAAAUGUUGCAGAAUAGUUAUUUUCUAUGCCCACUAGAAUGGUUCCAAGCAUUAAAAGAGCCAACUCAGUUAAAGGUCAAGGUGUCCUUUUGGAUAUGGCAAAAGGAUAUCUCUGAUGACCUCCAUUCUGCAGUAUACUUCAGAGUUCUCCUUGGAAGAAACUUCCUAACUAGGUCUGAGUAAACCGCUAUUAACUUUUAUUUUGCACUAUUCUUGUAUUUAUACUUGUUUAUUUACAAAUGUAUUUGUGGAAGUUGUGGGAUAUAAAUAAACCGACGAUGUCUGUGACCUUUCAGGAUGAAUUGACGACGACCAAGAGAAGUUAUGAGGAUCAGUUAAGCAUGAUGAGCGACCACCUCUGCAGUAUGAACGAAACCUUAUCCAAACAACGGGAGGAAAUAGAUACACUAAAGCUGGCUAGUAAGGUAAGUAAUCUUGUUGCGUGGGCUGCAGGCCAGGUUUCCUGCAAGUUGCUAGUAUUUCCUAUCCUUUCUUGGUCACUUAGGAUAGUACACUUAUACACACACACACACACAUAUUCCUGGAGUGUGUGCAGGGGCCAUGCCAAUCUUGUUUUUACAUUUUUGGAAUAAUGUAAAUGUAAACGAUGAUAUUUUUCCUUUUAUUCUAUUCUUUUCUUGCGCUAUGCUGCCUCUUUUCUCCCUCAUAUGCCAUUUUCCCUUUCCUCACUCCUUGUUUUCUUUUUUCCUGACAAGCAAACGGUCUUGGCUAUAAAGUAUAAUAAUAUAUUUUUAAAAAUAAUUACUGGGUGUGUCGGAUGUUGGGCUAUGUCAUCUGAAGGAUUGCUUCAGUUUCCAAAAGCAACAAAUGGGAGAUUAUAUCAGAUGGGUUUCUGAAUCAAUGAAGCCAUAUACAACAAAUGUCUUCUUCUUUUUUUUUAGUUUGAGUUCAUAGCUUCUUUCAAGCACGCUUGUCAAUUUCUGGUAUAAUAUCACACUAAGAGCUACAUGCUGCCUAAUUAACUAAAUCCCUCUUUAGAGAAGGGCUGGGGAGAGAAGAACAAAGUGUGAGCUCUUCGUUGGUGGACUCAGGAAAAUACUCCUCCUGAUUCUCUGUCCAUCUCUGCUGUUGCUUAAUAUCUAGCUGUGUCCAAAGUGUUGUACAGAAAUUGAAGGUCCCCUACUCAGAAGCCAUACAGUUUUUAUUAGAAGACAAGGCAGUGAUUGUGGGGGGACAGGUUAAGAAAUGAUAUCUAUGAUAAAGAAUAAAAAGAGGAUGAAUGGUAAAGAAGUUGCUGGACCUUGAGAAUUCACAUGAGUACCAAGAGGGAAGUAGCUUGGCAAAUAAGGGAGGCUGAUCAAACCAUGUAGUAUAGGAGAUGGAGAAGUUGAGAACUGGAGCUGGCAGUGGAAGAGGGCUGAAUGAGAAAUGUGUAGACCCUUUGGAUCUUGAAAUAUGGGUCCCCCCAACAAAAUUUAAAAUUCGGCUUUGUAAUUCGGAAUUUAUGUGAUAUGAUUUAAUUUGAUGUGAUUGGCCAGUUAAUAAAAAAUAUUUUUUUUAAAAAAGAGAGAAAUGCAUAGAUAAAGGGCCUUGAUUGAGUAUUGCAGUUGUGAGUCACAGCAUUUGGGCAGAGGCCUCAGUUAGGCAGACUGUACAAGGGCAAAUAGGCCAAUGGUCUGGCCUGGUAUGGCAGCUUUAUAUGUUCAUGUGGAUUUACAAUGGGACACAAAUAGGGAAACGUUCACGCAAUCCAGUUAGUGGGAAUUCUAAUUGUCCUGUCCGCUUUUUGUCUUUUCCCGUCCUUCAUUUAGAUUCUGACAACCAGUUUUCCUACCAUGUAGUGGCUUUUUGCAGCAAGAUAUACACACAACUGGAACUAAGUGCGGAAUGAGAUGGCACAGCCCAAUAUGGAUUUUGCUGGUUUUGAGUUUACCCUUCUGCAGACAGAGGGCCAUAGGGACAUAGGAAGCUGCCUUAUAUUGAGUCAGGCCUUUGGUCCAUCUCGCUCUGACUUGGUAGAGGUUCUCCAGGAUUUCAGGCAGGGUUUUCCUGGCCCUACCCUGGGGUGCUGGGCACUGAACUUGGGGCCUUCUGCUCGCCCAGCAGAUGCUCUGCCGCUGAGCUAUGGCCCUUCUUAUGGCCUUUUGAUACAGAAGUCACAUGUUGAUACUUUGCAGUACAGCCUUGGGGCAUGUGCACUUUCCUCACCCAGCCUAUGUGCCCUAUUGUUGUUGUUGUUGUUGUUUAGUCAUUUAGUCGUGUCCAACUCUUCAUGACCCCAUGGACCAGAGCACACCAGGCACUCCUGUCUUCCACUGCCUCCCACAGUUUGGUCAGACUCAUGUUUGUAGCUUCGAGAACACUGUCCAACCAUCUCGUCCUCUGUCGCCCCUUCUCCUUGUGCCCUCAAUCUUCCCCAACAUCAGGGUCUUUUCCAGGAAGUCUUCUCUUCUCAUGAGGUGGCCAAAGUAUUGGAGCCUCAGCUUCACGAUCUGUCCUUCCAGUGAGCACUCAGGGCUGAUUUCCUUAAGAAUGGAUGUGUUUGAUCUUCUUGCAGUCCAUGGGACUCUCAAGACUCUCCUCCAGCACCAUAAUUCAAAAGCAUCAAUUCUUCGGCGAUCAGCCUUCUUUAUGGUCCAGCUCUCACUUCCAUACUUCACUAUCGGGAAAACCAUGGCUUUAACUAUACGGACCUUUGUUGGCAAGGUGAUGUCUCUGCUUUUUAAGAUGCUGUCUAGGUUUGCCAUCGCCUUUGCCCCAAGGAGCAGGCGUCUUUUAAUUUUGUGACUGCUGUCACCAUCUGCAGUGAUCAUGGAGCCCAAGAAAGUAAAAUCUCUCAUUGCCUCCAUUUCUUCCCCUUCUAUUUGCCAGGAGGUGAUGGGCCCUAUUAGGAAGGAGCAGUUUAGUAUUAGUAGUAGUUCGUACAGGCUAUGUAAAGUAUAGUGUUUUUGCACCUGCAUGCGCUAACAGUAUUUCUGCUUGAUGCUUCUGUUUAGUAUCAGCACUGUUCUGGAUGCCACUUAGAAUGCAGCAGUGAUAUGGUAGUGGAGGAGACUUAGUCAGAGACUACCCCCUCAGUCUCCAAAGGCGAGUGGAAAGGAUGAGAGUUUGGUUUUGGGUUUUGUUUUGUUUUUUUUAAAGGGGUUUUAAAAACACAUUUAUAGGCUGCCCUUUUCCAAGUACUUGAUACAGUAUUGCCAGAGGUUAUGGCAAUAGGAUGGGAAUUGAUGCUAGAGGGUAUGGAACAGGCUUUUCAGGGUCAGGAGAAGCUUUCCAGAUGAAGUAAUUCUGAAAGAAGCAAAAGAAAUGUCUUAAUGGACGGGAGGCUGUUCUAGCCCACACAUGACUCCUCCUGAAAUGCUGAAGCCUUGUUGAUGACGGGCAGGAAGCUUGUUGCGUAGAGCAAUCAAUUCAUGAGUCAUGAGUUUUUACAUGGAGUGGAGGGGGAGAGAGACAGACUGUUGUUAAAAGACCUUGCCCUUGGCUAGCACACUUGGUUGGAGAGCACUCAGAAACAAAUUGCAGGCUGAUCAGUGGGAAAUCAGAUUCCUGGGGGAAGAAGCAAUGGGUGAGCCUAUACAGGAAAAGUUUGAGCCCCAUACAUAGAAACAAGACACAGGAGCAUGCCUUAAUAUUGCCUACACAGACUGGCAGCAGCUCUCCAGGGUUUUAGGCGGGAGUCUCUCUCAGGCCUAGCUAGAGAUACUGGGGAUUGAACCUGGGACCUUCUGCAAGCAAAACAUAAGCUCUGCUACCGAGCUACAGCCCUUCCCUUGGGGAACACCAACAGAGGUCCCCCUCCCCACAAAUCUCAGUGAUUGGGCUGGGAUAUAAGGACUCAGAUACUCUGGACCCAAGUAGUGAAGCACCUUGUAAAUGAAUACAAAAAUCUUAGACCUGGCCUGAUAACAAAUGGCCAGCGAGUGCCUAUUUUUAUUUAUGCAUUACCUACAUGGUAGAAUGGGACGCGGCUGGAGCUGAGGUCUAAACCGCAGAGCCCACGGCUUGCCGAUCGGAAGGUCGGUGGUUCAAAUCCCCGCGACGGGGUGAGCUCCCGUUGUUCGGUCCCUGCUCCUGCCAACCUAGCAGUUCGAAAGCAUGUCAAAGUGCAAGUAGAUAAAUAGGUACCGCUCCGGCGGGAAGGUAAACGGCGUUUCCGUGUGCUGCUCUGGUUCGCCAGAAGCAGCUUAGUUAUUCUGGCCAAAUGACCCGGAAGCUGUAUGCCGGCUCCCUCGGCCAAUAAAGCGAGAUGAGCGCCGCAACGCCAGAGUCGGUCACGACUGGACCUAAUGGUCAGGGGUCCCUUUACCUUUUUACAUGGUAGAAUGGGAAGCGGGUGGCGCUGAGGUCUAAACUACAGAAUCUAGGGCUUGCCGAUCGGAAGGUCAGCGGUUCAAAUCCCUGCAAUGGGGUGAGCUCCCGUUGUUCGGUCCCAGCUCCUGCCAACCUAGCAGUUCGAAAGCAUGUCAAAGUGCAAGUAGAUAAAUAGGUACCGCUCUGGCGGGAAGGUAAAUGGCGUUUCCGUGCACUGCUCUGGUUUGCCAGAAGCGGCUUAGUCAUGCUGGCCACAUGACCCGGAAGCUGUACGCCAGCUCCCUCGGCCAGUAAAGUGAGAUGAGCGCCUCUACCCCAGAGUCGUCCACAACUGGACCUAAUGGUCAGAGGUCCCUUUAUUUUUUUACAUGGUAGAAUAAUCACUUUCCAGCUUCAAUCCCCUCCACGAACAUCGCCUCUGUUCCAUGAAAUCUUUGUCUUUACCCCUGUAAUGCCCCCACCCCAAAACUGAAAUGCAGCCAAAGUACUGUAAACUAAGGGCAGACAGAAAUUAGAGGAGAGAAUCAGCUGGUAGAUCUCUGGGCAUUUGCAGUAGAUCGGAAAGAGUUUCUUGACUACAAGAAAGCAUUCUAUAUUAGUUUCCCUUCUCUGAUCUGUUGUAACUCAGAUUUGUUCAUCCGUGUGUUUGUUAUCAUCCCAGUUUAUGGCUCAUGGGAUGCAGGAUGUGAUUGGCUUUGCCCCCUGAACCAACAUAUUUUACCUUACUGCAACCCCUAUGUUUACCAUUUUUCACAUGACUACUAUUGAAGGACCCUAGGGUUCUAUUAAGUGUAGUGUUAAACAGAUCGUUCUAUCAGUGCAGGUACCCUUGAUUGUCUUAUCCUGCAUGAGGCUUGGUUAGAAGCCUUUUCUUCUUGUUGAAACUGACAUUUUUCCCAUAAAGAGAUAAGAGUCUGUUUUACUAGAAUUUCACCAAUGUGUGCACAAAACACAAUGUACAAUGUGUACAAUGUACAAAGCAGGAGUCCAUACUAAGGGUCUCUAAAAUACUAAUGUCCAACUCAUCUGUGAUGCAUGAUCCUUUUUGUAAACCACUUUGAUAUUUUUUAAAAUCAAAUGGUAUAUUAAAUAGAAGUAUGAAUGAAUGAAUGAAUGAAUGCACGCACUGCAUGCAGGUGCUGUUGGAUCAGGCCAGGGAAUUAUUUGCAGGAACCCCAGUGACCCACAAGCAUUAGGCAAUCUCCUAGAAACAAGUAUUUUGAAAUUCUUAGAAAAUAUAAUAAAUGGAAUGGCCCCUUCUUUUCUCAGAAUGGCCUACAAUCCAGCAGAGGGUUCUGGUUGGUGGAAGUGUGUGUGCGACAGUUUGUAAUAUUUCCCCCCCGCCCAGUUCCCAAUCCCUUUGUAGUACCUCCUUUGACAGUUUCAGAGCGUUUCCCAACUUUUGGGUGGAGCAGCACACGGAGUUUCAGGGGAAGAGUAAAAUUCUGCUGCUCACAGGAUGCUCCCUUCAUUGGAAGAGAACUCAGGAUCUAAGUCUCUAGUGUGGGGCAUUGGCAUUUUAGUUGUUACUUUGAGGGACAUAUUUACAGUAAUGUGAUCCACCUUCAGUCCUAGGGAUAUCUGUUGUUUUUUUACAGAUUAAUAGAAAAAUGGGAAAGAUCUCUGCUUGGCCCUGAAGAGCUGCUGUCAGUAAGGCUACUAGGCAGAAGUGUGCCAGAUGGACAAAUUGCCUGACCGCAACAGGCAGCACCCUAUGUUCUGCUGAUCUCCUGUGUUCUCUUUUUGAUCUAGGGAAAUUCCAAGAAGAACAAAAAUCGAUAGUAUUGGUCGUCCAACUGACCUUUGGAUGUUGCUGAUGCACAGAAACACAGAUGCCGAAACUGAUGUUCAGCUGGCAAAAUGCCUCUUGGACUGGACAUGGCUGCAGUGGUGGGAUUACCAGUGUUUGAUUUGCUGUUGCAUUUGGAUUUGAGACAGCACCAGAUUUGGUUGCCAGUGUAAUGCAAACUGGACUUGGCGUGUUCAGUAGAGCAGAUGGGGAAAAUAGGCACUCCAUGGAUAACUUGCAUAGGAAUGAACCAUAACUUUUUACCAUACCACUUUGUAACUGCUUUUAGUUUCCUUGUACAAACUUCCCAGAUUUUGUAUAUUUGAGUGCAUAUGGAGAUGAACAAAUCUGACACCAGUGUGGUACUUGUCUCUUUCUGCCUAAGAGGUUGUCAUUCCUACCCGUCCAUUCCUUUCUGUGAAUUAAAAGAAAAAGCCCAGAGCUAUCAGUGUUUUUCAGUGAUGUCCACCUGUGCAGUUAUUGUAAAAAAAAAUACUACUGAUUCCGGUCUUCUCUUCUAGACUAGCUUAGAUUGCCUUAGAGAGGCAAUCUCAGUACAUUUAUAUUGAAGCAUUCAAUGCGGCUGUGACUAUUCAUAUUAACUGUAAUGAACUAUUAAAAGUGUACAGUAGUGGUCCUUUUUUAAAAAAAUCAAGUGCAGAAAGUGGGCCAAAGAAGGUGUUCUUGAAUCGUGCUGAAGGGUGAUAUUUUGUCUGUUUCUGUUUGUCACUUUUCUCAUAAGCCGGUGAUAGAGAAAUGACUGUCCACAGCUGGAGGAAGAUGUGAGAAAAACAAACAGUGCUGACAAGUGGCUUCUUGCAAAGACCUUUCAUUUCAAUAGGAGUGGGACAGUACGCAUGAUGGGCCAUCACUAUUUCUGUUUCAAACGCAGCUUGUUGCAUUGAAGCAGGCUAAGAAAUCACUGAAUCAGCAAAGCUGUGCAGAGAAGAGCUGGUUCAAAUACUGAUGUAAACCUUCACGUGGGUCUGUGGUGCUGUUCUUUUGGAGCCUGCCUGCCUUCCCCAUCUGCAACCACAUAGUAACUUGCCCGUUUUUAAAACUUCCUUUUUCCUCUUGAGGGGUGGGGUGGAGAUUCUUUUGCACGCUCACCCAAGUUUCACAUUACAACUUCCAUGUGGCAACGUAGGCUCUUAAUCCCUGAAAUGCAGCAAUGCCUUGCUGCUUGAAGCUUACCUUGGCACUUUCAAAGUCUGAGCCAGUCCCUUGCUGAAGAUUGUUCUGUGGCAUUUUGGAAUCGCCCAAAUGACGUCUUGGUGUUCUAAAAAUUUAUUCCCAUUCCAAGUUUUCUUCCUUGGGAAGAUUUUUUACACUAACCUGAGGUCUUUUCAACACAGUAUUCCAUGGGAGUUCCUCGCCAUUCACAAGAAACUCCACUACUGAAUAUUUCACAAUGAACUACUUCUGUAGCCCCGUAAGAGAUAGUAGCUGUCCUAUGUUCAAGGGUUACUUCAUUGUAUCAACCAUGUCAAUGUGUAUUACGAGCAUAGAAUAAAUAUACUGCCAUGUUAAAAC